AGCACGACCAUUUCCUUCAUCAUGUAUGAGCUGGCCACCCACCCUAAUGUGCAGAAGAAACGUCAGGAUGAGAUUGAAAGAGUUCUGCCUAAUAAGGCACCUGUCACCUAUGAUGCCCUGAUGGACAUGGAAUAUCUGGACAUGGUAGUAAAUGAAACUCUCAGAUUGUACGCUAUUGCUAAUAGGCUAGAGAGGGUCUCAAAGAAAGAUGUGGAAAUCAACGAAAUGUUCAUUCCCAAAGGGACUAUAGCUAUGAUACCAAUCUAUCCUCUUCAUCGGGAUCCUGAGUACUGGCCAGAGCCUGAGGAGUUCCGUCCUGAGAGGUUCAGCAAGGAGAACAAGGGGAUUAUUGAUCCUUAUGUAUACAUGCCCUUUGGGAAUGGACCCAGGAACUGCCUUGGCAUGAGGUUUACCCUCAUCAGCAUGAAACUGGCUGUCAUCAGUGUCCUGCAGAACUUCACCCUUCAUCCUUGUGAAGAAACACAGAUCCCACCAAAGUUGACCAGAAAACCAAUUCUCCAACAAGAAAAACACAUCAUCCUGAAGGCUGUGUCAAGAGAUAACCCAAUAACUGGAUCAUGAAUUUCCCUCAGGAACCAUGUUAUGUUCUUCAGGAGAGCUGUA